CUUUCCCAUUUACCAAUCUCUUGUGACUUGGAUACCCAAAAUCUCAACGGCUUCAAUAUAUCUCUGCCCCACAUUCCCAUUUGUCCUUAAACUUUGUUGCCCACAAGCUUCUUUUCGAACCGGUAUUCGAGAUGGGCCACUUCGAUGACUGCACCCCAGACCAGCGCUUCACGAGCACAGGCCAUGAUUCUUUAUACAAUGGCGUCGGCACCAUUAAAGUCAUUAUUGACUGGGACCAGCGUCGGUUCAUUGCUGUUGCCACGGCUUGGAGGGAGGAGGACGAGGAUUUCUUUUUCGAUGCCCUCGCCGAGCACAUUGACGACAUCCCAGCCGACAUCGUGCAGAUUGAAGUGGGAGAGCAGGGCGAACUAUUAAACUCUACAGCCGACCUAGAUCAAGACCCGACUAUGAUCCCAUUUUACCCCUCCCCAUCGGACUAUCCAUCUCCACUACGACGAGUCCAACGCACACAACUGAUAGAGCUCGAUCGAUUGGGCGUUCAGGUCGACCUGUGUGAGGACACUUCUACAGCCGAGCCGACACAGGUCGCUUAUAAGUACUACAUCAACGAGGGAAAUAUCAGUAUUGUAUGGGACGAGUCCAACUGUCUCCUACGUAUACCAAAGCACCCGAACAUCGUUCCCUUUCACAGUCUUGUUGUCGAUCAAGUUGAAGGAGAGGAUAAAGUAGUCGGCUUUACAACGCCUUUUAUCCCUGGUGGUACUAUUCUGGACAAUAUCUCAAGACCCUUUAAGCUCAAACACCUCAAGCAACUUACAUCAACUAUCGACUACCUCAACCUCACACUCGGUAUUGUUCAUGGCGACAUCACACCAUAUAACCUUCUUAUCGACCCCACUACAGACGACCUCCUCAUUUUCGACUUCAACCUAGCCUGUAGCCUCAACAACGACAAUAAGAGCGAGAGCUACGACCCAGCACGCAACGACGUCAAGUUCGCAGCCUUCACCCUCUACGAGAUCAUCACCCGCGACACGCACCUCCGCGACGAGAACUACCCGCACGAGCUGGACGCCUCGAUGGUCCUCGGCGCAGCGGCGGCGUGGGAGAAGCACGAGGAUGUCGUCCUCGACGCCCCUGUGGAACACUACAGGCAGCACCUGGACGAGUGGAUGGCGCGGCGUGCGGGGGCCCAGGCCCAGGUGACAGCCCCCCAGGCCGUCGACUGGCCGCCGCUGCCCGAGUUUCCCGAGGUGCCGUGCUGCGGGAUGAUGAUCAGCAGGGCGGCGCAGAUGAGGCAGGAGAUGGUCCAGCGCGGCGCGGGGUUCGUGGCGUGGCAGCGGCCGCCGAGCUGUGCGCUGCCUCUCCCUGGUGGAAAGAGGCUGCUUGCUACCGGGGAGGUGGUGGAAGGGCCGCGGUGAGGCGCGGGAUUAGCAUGUGGCUUCUCCGACGUACACGUGUUUGUGCUAUGAAAGAUGGGUAUUCGGAUGGGCUUCCGGAAGCUCAGUGCUUACACCUCGUCAAUGUAGCGUUUAGGCAAAUGAUUGCGGCAUGCGAUCAACACGGAGUGGUUUCGUUCCUGAUCCCCAUACAUACUAGUAUAUAUAAACUAUACAUAAACAA